AUGGUAGCACCAGCGCUUAUGGACGCCCAAACUUCAACAGCAAUUGCUGCAAUCGUUAUUGCUUCUCUUGCCUUCUUUAUCGCCUUGGCUCAAGUUCUUCAGCAAUAUUUUCAAACAGGUCACUCAAUUAGACUCUGUGAUAGCGUGGUGUACGGUCCUUUACCAGGAAAAGGGAAACGGGUCUGGCAAAGGGAUCAAUGGCGCUUCCGCGUCAUAUAUUCUAUUCCACAGAUUUGCCUGGACCCGAGCAUAUGGCCUAGUGAAGCACCUUCAUACGCAGUUGGAGAACAUAAGUUGGAGCUAAUUGCGGAAAAUACUAAAGAAGAGAAACAGCCGGAUCCGUUGGAGCUGGAAGAUUCAUUAGUGGCGAUACCAGUCCGGCAUGAAUGGUUCUCUACUACUUCAAGCCGUAGCCUGACUGUACCGAAGGCUUCUGCGACUCCAGCGCUGAAGGACAUGAACGCCGGUGAGGCUUCCUGGGCAUCUUUCAUUCGUGCCACAGAGUCUGGAUGCGGCGACAGCGUCAGAUAUGACGUGGUCACAGCCGACGCGGAUAGGGUGCCCUCCGAUCUGAACACUGUGCCAAUGCUGGUCUCCAUGCGCGAGAUUAUCAUCAUGGGUCUCAUGGCCGAGAUGGAAGUGACGAAAUUUUCAUUUUCGACAAGGCUGCUCGCGAUGCAAGGCACUAUCGGAAGCAUUUCGUCUUCUCACCACCCUACUCUAGGACUAGUCUUGCACUUCGCACCAAGGCCGCUUCGUAAUGGCAAACACCAGCGCGAGAGAGCGCUUACGCCUUCCCUUUGGAGAGGAUAUGUCUCUCGAUGGUGGUUAGUGAGGACGUGGGAUUCUGUGGCCGUCGCAGGGAAACACUAUGAUAGCCAUCGCAGACGGACUUCGCGCAAGUUAGACAAGCGUUGGAGGCGUGAUAACCUUAGGAACGCCGAAUACGUAAUCCAUCAUCCGAGCCAUAGCGACGACCUGAUAUGGCAUAGACCGGGAAAGGAACCUGACACCGCUUUUGUCCAACAGAACGAUUUGGAUCCGAAGCCAGUUCAUAAGUCAACACCUUCAAUCAUCGAGGAAAUGAAAGAAGCUGCGUGGGAGGAAACAAGCUACUCGAUCCAUGCUGAAGCAACAGUUCGUAGACAUGAGCAUGAUGGUGUGUGGACUUUCUACCUUCCCAAGAAGGCGAAGGACAAGAUAGCGCCUAGAAAGAGCAUCCGGGCCACUGCAUUAUCUAACGAAGAGAAUACCGCAAAUGAGGAGCGCGAACAGCAGGGGAAGAACACCGCAAGAGAAUGGACACAAUAUAAAGCACCUUUGAAUGGACAUAGACCCUCGGAGGCUGACAUUCUAGGACCAAAAGUCUCCCAAGGGAACUUGUCCGAGAAGGUUCAAGAGAUAUAUGAACCUGAACCUAUCCAGAAGCUUGGUCGAAGAGCCACGGUCGAGGAUGCAACUGAUCAAGGCGAAGGUGACGGGGAGGAAGCAGACAACACGGGUCUGUCCCAUUAUACCCACUUUCAGAUCCCCGCGGCUACGGAUCGCUCCGACACUGGUGGUUUGGUUACAGACCAACGUCGUUCGGCUGCGGAAGCUCGACAAGCCGCUCGGGAUGAGGCGUAUCACCGCCAAAACCCCGACAAAACGAUUGCCUCGAAAAUAUACGAGCGCGAUGAAAAGCGGCAAAAGGUUCGGGAGAAGGCGCUAAAGAGGGAGCUACAGCGAAGGCGGCGGAAUCGAGAACGAGAGGCUGACAUUGGACUUCAAGAUGUCUGUCCUUUCUGGUGGAGCCAAAUCGAUACCAUCGAUGGCCCGUGGGCAACCCCUUGGAAAAAGAAUCUGGGGGUGCCCACGGAAGAUGCGCUCGUGGGCGGAAUCAUGGUCGUCCUUGAAGCACUUCUCGGGUUUCUUGAUGAAGAUUCGCUCGUGUAUGUCUAUCCAUAUUCAUGGCAAGGAGCGGCAUUCCAACAUGCUGUGAAUUUCCUAACUGUCGAAAAGCGGUCGUCAUGGCCUCCUUACGCAAUCAAUGGGCAAAGAGGUGUAAUUGCAGAUGGUGUAUUGGAAGGGAGUCUUGUUUCCGCGUUUGCAAACCCAGUCCCAGUAUUGGAGUUGCUGUGGAGUUACGAGUGGCAGAUUGCUGAUAUUUACCUCUGGGACCACCCCCUUAGACUGCUAAACGCUGAGAUUGUCCGCAUCGAUGCUUGGCUAUCCUAUGUUGGACGGCUGCCGGAGAUCAUCGACGGCAAAGGGCAGUUACUGGAUAACGUUCCCGCACUGGUUCAGUUGCUGUCAGAGGAGUUCGAGCAGGACUUCAUAACUUUAGACCAGUCGGCUGAAGGAGAUGGGUACCAGGACAUUCAAAGCUUGGUUGGAAAUGUCCUGGAUUUUUUUAUUGAGGACGAGAAUUUGAGUGAGCCGGAGCAGUUGUAUCUCUUGGUUGCCCUGCUGAGGACAUACAAGGUAUGCCAGUGUAUUCAAAUGGGUGAAGACACUAAGCCAUUAGAAGAGGUGAUAUUAAGGGACAUCCAAGCAUACAUGGUGUAG